AUGGCGAGCGUCCAGACCAAGGCCGCCGAAGGCAAGCCCCUCCUGCCCGACACUAGCUCGGCGCCCGUCGCCCGCAACUGGAAGCGCAUCGCUGUCGCCGCUGCCGCCGUGGCUGUGGCGGGUGCUGGUGCAUACUCGCUCUUGCGCACCCACGACGCCGACACGUUCGACGAGUUCUUUGCCAAGAUGGAGUCGAUGAUGGACCGCAGCGUCGACCCGUGCGAAGACUUUUACGAGUACGCGUGUGGCGGGUGGGCCAAGACGGCCGAGAUCCCGGCGACCGCUGGCUCGAUCGACACGUCCUUCACGGUCGUGCAGCACGCCAACGACCGCAUCAUCCAAACCAUCCUCGCCGAUAAGCCGCCGACCAUCGGGCCCUUCUACGACGCCUGUCUCAACGCGACGACGACCAACGUUUCUGUGCUGCAGUCGCACCUCGCCGCCCUUGAUGCGCUUUCGUCCAAGACGGACAUCCUUGCGUACGCUGGCCAGCUCUACCGGUCCGCCGGUGUCGCAUCCUUUUUAGAAUUCGAUGUCGGGGUGGACCCGAAGAACGCCUCCGUCCAAGUGCUCACGCUCGUGCAGGGCGGGUGGACGCUCCCAACGAUCGAGUUUUACGCGUCUCCCAGUAACCGCGCGCUCUUCACCCAGUACGUCUCCUCGUGGACGUCGCUUUUGCGCUGGAACGCGUCGGCGUCCGACCUCUGGGCGUUCGAGUCGGCGCUGACUGCCAUCGCCGUGCCGAAUUCAGCGCUGCGAGACCCGACGGCGACGUACAACAAGAUGACACCAGCCGCGCUCACGUCGGUGGCACCGUAUUUGCAGGCGUAUUUCAAAGGCGCGGCGAUCCCGUUGACGGCGGCCGACCCGGCGCUGCUCGUGAUGACGCCGGCGUUCCUCACAAAGCAAGUGGCGCUCUUGAAUGCAACGUCGGUCGCGACGCUGCGUCAGUACGUCGGUCUCCGUCUCGUGGCCACCAUUGGACGCCUCUUGGGCGAAGCGCCUCGGCGGAUCGACCAUGCGUUCGCUGGAGUCCUCGGCGGCCUCGGGGACCUCCCCGCGCGCGAUGCCUUUUGCCGCGCCGAGACGUUGGCGUCGCUCCCGGCGUUCGUCGGUGCCGCCUUCCAAGCCGCUGCGUUCCCCGACGCUGUCGCGGCCAAGACGCUGAUUGGCGACAUUGAAGCGGCGAUGACGCGCCUUGUCGCGACCGAGCCGUGGCUCGACGAUGUGACGCGAUCGCGGUCGCUCGAGAAGAUCCAGGCCGUGCGCAACUUUGUCGGUGGCCCGCCGACGCCGCCAACGACACCCGUCAACAUGUCGCAUACCGACUUUGUGGGCAACGCGCUCGCCAUCACGCAGCACGAGAUCCGCUCGCGCAUGGCGCAGAUCGGCGGGCCGAGCGACCCGACGCGCUGGGACCUCGGGUCCUUUGAGGUCGAGGCGUACUACGACCCGAGCGCCAACAAGAUGGUCUUCCCCGCCGGUAUCCUCCAGCCGCCGAUCUUCUCUGCGACCAAGCAGCCGAUGAUUGCCAACUACGCGCGCAUCGGUGUCGUCAUGGGCCACGAGCUCAGCCACGGUUUCGAUGACAUGGGCCGGCUCUUUGACGCCCAUGGGCAGCUCACGUCGUGGUGGACCGACUCGGUGGCCGCGACCUUCAACGCCAACGCGCAGUGCCUCAAGCAGCAGUACGACGCCUUCCCCAUCGAGUCGAUCGACGCCAACAAGACGCUGCUGGGGCACGUCGACGGCGCGUUGACGCUCGGCGAAAACAUCGCCGACAACGGCGGCGUCAAGCUUGCGUACCUUGCGUAUGCGGCGCGGCAAGGCCUCUCGACGCCCAUGGCGCGGAAGGAAGGGCAGCUCUUCUUUACGUCCUUUGCGCAAGGCUGGUGGUGCCAGAAGCGCAGCGACAACCUGGCGCGUGUUCUCAUGCACACGGACGCGCACUCGCCCGGCAAGUGGCGGCUCCAGGGCCCGCUCAUGAACUCGCCCUUCUUCGCCGACGCGUUCCAGUGCCCGCUCGGGUCCUUCAUGAACCCCAAGGACAAGUGCGUCGUCUGGUAG